AUGGGAGCUAGUUACAUGGAAGAGCUCCCGAGCUACAGCAAUGCAUCAUGGGCUGACGACCGGCGAUUCUCCAAGAUAGUUCACGAUAACGUCCACGGCAACAUCUAUCUCGAUCCUCUCUGUGUGAAGUUCAUUGACACCGAACAGUUUCAGAGACUUCGCGACCUGAAGCAACUCGGUGUGACACACUUGGUAUAUCCAGGGGCUGUACAUUCUCGUUUUGAGCAUUCACUGGGGGUGUAUUGGCUGGCUGGUGAAGCCAUUCAUAGAAUUAAAGGCUACCAAGGCUUGGAACUUGACAUUGAUCGUUUCGAUAUACAGACAGUAAAACUUGCCGGACUACUGCAUGAUGUGGGCCAUGGGCCAUUCAGCCACUUGUUUGAGCGCGAGUUUCUUCCCCGGGUUGUCAAUGGCUUGAAGUGGUCUCAUGAGGAAAUGUCUUUGAACAUGAUAGACUACAUAGUUGAUGACCACAACAUCGACAUUGAUUCUGCAAGUCUUAAGAAAGUCAAGGAAAUGAUAGUUGCUUGUGAGAAUACUUCAAAAAAAUUGAAAGAGAAAUGCUUCCUAUAUGAUAUUGUCGCAAAUGGUCGAAAUGGGAUAGAUGUUGACAAAUUUGAUUACAUUGUUCGUGACUCCAGGGCUUGUGGUCUGGGUUACAAUUUUGAGUUUGAUAGGCUAUUGGAAACAAUGCGAGUUAUGGAUGAUGAAAUAUGCUAUCGUGCCAAGGAAUAUCUUACACUCCAAAAGUUAUUCUCCUCCCGUGCUGAUCUGCAUCGAACAGUCUAUAUGCAUCCGAAAGUAAAGGCAAUAGAAUUCAUGCUUGUAGAUGCCCUGAUAAAAGCAAAUGAUCAUCUCAAUAUUGCAUCUUCUGUUCAUGAUCCUGCUAUAUACUGGAAGCUGGACGAUUCAAUAGUUAAAACCAUCGAAACUGCUCCAGACGAUGAACUUAAGGAAUCCAGGGAUCUGAUUUUACGGAUUAGGAGGAGGGAGUUAUAUCAGUUCUGCAAUGAAUUUUCUGUUCCAAAGGACAAGCUGGAACACUUCAAAGAAGUCACUCCCCAGGAUAUUGUUUGUUCACAGAAAACUAGUGGUAUUAUGCUGCAAGAAGAUGAUGUUGCUGUGAGCAAUGUCAAAAUUGAUUUGACACGUGGAAGGAAUAAUCCUCUGGAAAGCAUCAAUUUUUUCAAGGUACUGAGAUCUCUUUCACUGCAUAUUUUAUUCUCCUUCCUUAUUAUAAGUACCUUUAUAAGUCUCACUAAAGGACAGAUUAUAGAAAUUAAAGGUUGCACAAAUGAAUCCAAACAGUUGCUAACUUACUGCAAAUCAAGACGGUAUUAUGGUAGUGCAACUGCUCUUGAUGAAAAAACACAAAAUUUAACCAGGGAAUAG